UUUCCUUCUUUUUCCAUGAAAUAUUACUAGAAUUUUGUGAAGCAAAAGGCUUGAAAAAGCCAAAAAGCAAAAGUAUUACACAAGCUUAUGCUAAGAAGUGAAGCAACCAAAAUUACCAGAAGGAGGGAAGUUGAACAUCCCUACUGUGUGAAAUGCAGCAGAAGCUAAAUGAGCCCAAGCAGCUUUGUUGGCACUCUACACCACAAAGACAAAACUGAACACCUUUCCUGUACAGCUUUCAGCCACUGCAGCUUAUUAGUUCUCAUAGUUUCACCAUCGUUUAAAAAUACAAACUUUAAAUAUUCGUGUAAUACAUGAAGUUCUGGUUAGUGGUUUUAAACUGAAAUUAACGUUAGCCAAUAAUAAUAAUAAUAAUAACGGUGUCAAAUUUAACACCGCAAGGCAUAAUUUUUCCUUGCUUCUGUGUCAUUAAGGAGAUUAGGAACCCAGUGAAAAUAACCUGGCAAUUAUUUUCAUGCUUCCUAAGAAAGGGAUUGAAGCUGAUAUUCCCGAUGUGAGCCAACAGUGAGCUGUGCCCCGUGUUCUGGUGGCUGUUCGGUUCCAUCACGUUCGCUGCUCCCAUCGUUAACCUUAUCGCCGGCCACAGAGCCGCGAGCGGAAUGACGAAGGUGGAAAAGCUCAGGAGUUAAGCGAGAAUUACACGUCCGCACAGUUCAGGCUCAGCCUCUGGCAGGAUCACUGUUUUUAAUGCAAUUUACUAAUUAAAAACGAGCACCAGAUUACGGAAAGACCGGAGCGAGGCGGCUUGGCCGGGUGGUAUUUCAGCUCCGCGCAGCGCUGCGCCGCUCCGCUUCUCAUCGCCUGCCAUUCGUUGGAGCGCCGGCCGGCCGUCAUCACAGCAAAUCCCGCACAUCGCACCCUGCGUGCCGUGACGGCCGCUCGCAGCGGGGCUGCUCUGCGCUGCGGCACGGCCGGGCGCGUCCGUUUCCCUCAGCUGAUGCACCGUAACCGCAUUAUCGCGGAUUAGCUGGAUUUCUUCCUUUAAAUGUACACUGCGAGAACCGAGCUGCCAGCCAGCUGUUUCUUAUCGGCCCCUUUAAUCUGCGCGAGCCCGGCUCCGCUCCUUCCUUUCGCAGCUAUUUCUGGCACCGUUCGGCGGGGCACGGCGCCGCGCGAUGCAUCUCCGCGCCUCCACCGGGGAAUCCCUGCCUGUGCCGCCUCCUCCUCCUCCUCCUCCUCCUCCUCUUGGCUGAGCUCCUCGAGGAAAGACCCAGAAGGCGGCGGCGCGGUGCUGCAAGUAGGGCAGCGGCGGGGCGGGAUGAGUCGGGGCGCGCCCCUGCCCGGCCCCGCCGCAGCGCCGCAUGGCCCGCGGGGCAGAGCGGCGCCGGCCGCAGGAGAACGGCCCCGCACCGAGCGCUGAGCGCUGAGCGCCGCCGCCCCCAUGGAUAAGGCGGCCUCGCUGCACAGCGCCGUGCCCGCGCCGCCGCCCCGGCUCUACCUGCCGCGGAACUUCAGCUGCAGCGCCUGCCUCUACGGCAGCCUGGCCGAGCGCUGCGGGGGCGCCUGCAGCCCCGACGGCGACGCUCCUCCGCCGCCCGCCCCGCGGGACGCGGCCCCCGAGAAGCCGCCGCCUCCGCCCCGCGGCCGGGAGCCGCGUCUGCCCGCCGUGCCGCCCAGCCCCACGCAGCGCCGCCGCGCCAAGUCGCUGCCCACGCCCGGGGAGCGCGGCCUUCGGCCGGCCCCGCGGCACAGCCCCUCGCGCCGCAAGACCGUGCGCUUCGCCGACUCGCUCGGCCUGGAGCUCAUCUCCGUGCGGCACUUCUGCGAGGCCGACCUGCCGCGGGUGCCGCCGCCCGCCGCGCCGCGCCGCGCCGACCUCUUCAAGACCAGGAAGCCGCCGGCGCUGGGCGAGCUGGAGCCGGUGCCGUUCGGGCCGCCGGUGCCGUUCGGGCCGCCGGUGCCGUUCGGGCCGCCGCCGCUGGAGCCGCUGUUCCCGCCGCAGCCCGGCGCCGGGCCCGGCUUCGCGGAGCGCGUGCGGCAGCACAAGGUGAGGCUGGAGUGGGUGCGCUGCGAAGCCGCGGGGCUGCGCGGCGCCGUGCGCGUCCUCAACCUGGCCUACGAGAAGGCCGUGUCGGUGCGCUACACGCUCGACCGCUGGGCCAGCUGCAGCGAGGUGCCCGCCGCCUAUCAGCCCGCCGGGCCGGCCGACGGCCUCACCGACCGCUUCGCCUUCCACCUGCCGCUCGGCCCCGCCGCCGCCGGCUCCGAGGCCGCGCUGGAGUUCGCCGUCCGCUACCGCGUGGCCGGGGCCGAGUACUGGGACAACAACGGCGGCUCCAACUACCGCCUGCGGGGCCGGGCGCGCUCCCCCGCCUCGGGGCCGCCGCAGGACCCCGACAGCAGCGCCUGGAUCCACUUCAUCUGACGGACGGAGCGGCCCCGGCCUCGCCCCGCGCCGCGCCGCUGCGCUGUAAGUCGGCGGAGGACGCUUGCAAUCGCUUCGCGGAUGACCGACGUGCGCUCCGUGUGUCCCGGACAGCGGUCCGGCCGCGGGCGGCGGGAUGGGCUGUGCGCUCCGCGUGUUCGAGCGCAUUUAGGAAAGCGCUGCCGUUGAAAGCUGUGCGCUCAGCUCUGUCGCGCUGCGGUGGAGCCGCCCCGCGCGGGGCUCAGCCGUGCCGGUGGCUCUCGGCCCUGCGGGUUGAUUUCCAUUUCCCGUCUGACUGAGGUUCCUCGGCUGAGCUGUCGGUGCAGGAGUGCUUGGAAAACACUCCUUUUUUUUUUUCUCCUCAUUCUGGAAAAAGGCAGAUUUCACAAAGCUGGAUGAGCUCUGACCUACUGAAGAAAAGCCAUAUCUUGCCAUAUGAAAAUAAGUGUAUCAGUAAAAGCGUGGGGAUGGCAGAGUAUGUUGACUUCUGCCUUCAAAGCUGUGCUUUAGAUUGGUAUGAGCAGUGAAGGGUUUUCCUUUUCUAGCUUGCUUUUUGAGCAGUGGACACGGGUUGUGCUGCUGCCCGGUGCUGCCCUCCAGGAGCUCAGCACGUGUCUGUGUGCAGGACAGGGACCUCUGAAGUGUCACUGCUCAGAGUGGUAGAACUCAUGUUGGUAUCAUAGAAUCGUUUGAGUUGGAAAAGACCCUUAGAGGCCAUCUUUUGCAGCUCCCCUGCAAUGAACAGG